CCACCAAGUAACCAUUUAGUAUCAAUCAAGAUGUCUUUGAAAAUCGUAUUUAUGUUCUUUUGCCUUUUUGUAUGCUGUUUCACCAAAAAUCUUCCAUCCUACAUUGAAAGGUGCAGUUUAUCGGACCCUAAAUUACGCGAUUGUUUAAUUCGUUCCAUCGAAAACGCAGUUCCUUCGAUAAUAAAUGGCGACAAAAACUAUAAAAUAUUAAGUAUGGUUCCCGUUAAUAUACCAUUCGUUGAAAUUCAAGUCGGCGAAGGUUCCAAAAUGAAGUUCAUCGAUACGAAUUUUACAUGUUUCAAAAAUAUGAAAAUACAAGAUGUCGAUUUUGAUAAGCAAACGGGAAAGUUCCUUUUGAAAUAUGUCGAACAAAAAUUGGAUGCUUCGAGUAAUUAUGAAAUGGACAUCAAAUUGUUCGGUACAAAUAUUAAAGGAAAUGGACCAUCGUUCAUUAAUUUUGGUAAUGCUUUUGUAACUUACACAACUUACUUGAAACCGUUUACUGAUAAAAACGGAUUGGAACAUUAUAAAGUUGAUAAUGGAAAAGUCACAUUUAACCCAAAAGAAGCAACUUUUGACUUUCAGAAUUUAUUCGAUGGAAAUGAAUCUUUAGGUGGAGCAAUGAAUCGUUUAUUUAACGAAAACUGGAAAGAUCUUUUUGGAAUUUUGCAACCAACCGUUGAGAAUGUUUUGGCUGGUAUUAUGGAUAAUGCUUUUACGAAUUACUUAAAAUGUGUAGUAGAUAUUAAAGAACCCAAAUUGCCACACACAUAA